AUGGACGAAGAAGAACAACUGGACCUUGAACAGCUUCGAAACCUUUCCAGUGGCGCGAAUUGCCAAGAAGUCAGCUUAUUUAUGGAAGGGGAUAUUACAUUUCGGACCGAUAUUAGGAUAAUUUUUACAUUACUUUACGGCAUGUUCUUCUUCGUUGGAAUUAUUGGAAACGGGCUGCUGAUCUCGUCGACAAUGAGGAGGAGACGGAUCUCGGUCGCCAAUAUAUUUUUGAUCAAUUUGGCGAUAUCGGACUUGCUACUUUGCAUCACCGCAAUCCCGAUUACCCCCACAUUGGCCUUUUUCAAGAAGUGGAUGUUCGGGAAUUUUAUGUGCAAAUUUUUGCCGGCUUGUCAGGCCGUGUCAGUACUAAUUUCUUCCUACAGUCUUUGCUUCAUCGCUGUUGACCGGUACCGCAGUAUAGUGACACCAUUAAAAGAGCCAUGGACGAUUAAUCAUGCACAGAUGAUAAUGGCCGCAACGUGGACACUCGCAAGUUCUGUGGCACUACCGCUUUAUUUCACCCAAAAACUAACCCAAAUCGCGACAAACACGAUUGUAUUAUGUGGAGAUUUCUGCGGAGAGUACAACUGGCCGGAAGGGGCUGAACAUCUCAAACUCGGCUACGGCUUUGCCCUUUUCAUCUUGACCUUCACAAUUCCGGCGUGCAUUAUGAGCUAUUGCUAUAUGAAGAUACUGCAAAAGGUUCGUCGGGAGUGGAUUGUUACGGAGGGGUCGAUGCUUACGCAGGCUCAACAAGUUCAGACGGCUGCGCGAAAAAAACGCGUCAUGUACGUCCUUAUCCUGAUGGUCGUGGUAUUCAUGUUAUGCUGGCUCCCACUAACCGUUGCCAACCUUCUACGAGACUUGAAUAUUUUUGAGGUUGAAAACCAAAUGUACUUUACCCUCCUCUCUUCUCACGCUAUCGCCAUGACGUCGGUGCUGUGGAACCCGAUUCUAUAUUUCUGGAUGAGCAAGCGUCACCGGCGGGCGUUAAAAGAUGACAUGUUUUGGCUGACAAACGCAAAACGACAGCCCGCCAGUAGCGCAUUGAGCAGCCGCGGUACCCUGGCCGAUCCGACGUGUAUGUCUCGAGAAAGGGCUUUGGAGGAAAUGCAUGCAAAUUGCUUUUUACUGGUUCCUUUAAUGCCUCUAUGUCAAAAUGUGCGUCGGAAUUCACAUUUGAAAAUUGAACACCGGCAUAUUAUAAGGCAUUCCUCAGCUGGUGAUCAUCAGCGACGCCUUUCCAACAAUACAAUCACAACCCGAGACUCCAUCACAAAAGAAAGCCAGGGACAAAAUCCC